AUGCACGUGAACGGCAAAGUGGCGCUGGUGACCGGCGCGGCGCAGGGCAUAGGCAGAGCCUUUGCAGAGGCGCUGCUGCACAAGGGCGCCAAGGUAGCGCUGGUGGAUUGGAAUCUGGAAGCAGGUGUAAAGUGUAAAGCCGCCCUGGAUGAGCAGUUUGAACCUCACAAGACUCUCUUCAUCCAGUGUGAUGUGGCUGACCAGACACAACUAAGAGAUACUUUUAGAAAAGUUGUAGACCACUUUGGAAGAUUGGACAUUUUGGUCAAUAAUGCUGGAGUGAAUAAUGAAAAACACUGGGAGAAAACUCUGCAAAUUAAUUUGGUUUCUGUUAUCAGUGGAACCUAUCUUGGUUUGGAUUACAUGAGUAAGCAAAAUGGAGGCGAAGGUGGCAUCAUUAUCAACAUGUCAUCUUUAGCAGGACUCAUGCCUGUUGCACAACAGCCUGUUUAUUGUGCUUCAAAGCAUGGCAUAAUUGGAUUCACGCGCUCAGCAGCGAUGGCUGCUAAUCUUAUGAACAGUGGUGUGAGACUGAAUGCCAUUUGCCCAGGCUUUGUUAACACACCUAUCCUUGAAUCCAUUGAAAAAGAAGAAAACAUGGGACAAUAUAUAGAAUAUAAGGAUCAUAUCAAAGAUAUGAUGAAAUACUAUGGAAUUUUGGACCCAUCAAUGAUUGCCAAUGGAUUAAUAACACUCAUUGAAGAUGAUGCUUUAAAUGGAGCUAUUAUGAAGAUCACAACUUCUAAGGGAAUUCAUUUUCAAGACUAUGAUACAAUUCCACUUCAUGCAAAAACUCAAUGA